UAAGUUAAAAAAAGUAGUUUAGUUUAUAAGAAAAAUGUAUAACGGUAAUAAAAAUGAAAACGAUGGUAAAGUCGCAUUCGAAACUGCACUCGAUUUGGCGGGUUUCGGUUUAUACAACUAUAACCUGACGGCACUGACUGGGUUCAUCAUCAUCGCGUACGCGUGCAUUGCGUUUGGCACCACUAUCAUCAUCCCCGCGAGCGCCUGCGAGCUUGGCACCACCAGCGCGCAGCAGGGACUCAUCGCUGCUGGACCUUUAGUUGGUAUAAUCCUGGGCGGCGUGUUCGGUGGUUACCUUGGCGACAAGUUCGGUCGUCGGCGCAUGUUGUUCGUGUCCCUGCUCUCCGCGUCCGUUGUCAACGCAUUGGCCAGUAUAUCAGUUGACUGGAUCAUGUUGUUGAUACUACAGUCUAUCGCCUCUUUUUGUGCUGCCGGCAAGUACUCGUUGUCAAUGACGAUGCUCAGCGAGAGCGUGCCAAUGGCCAAGCGGAACCUGGUCGUGUUAUUAGUCACUAGCAUAUUCCUGCUGGCACAGGGAAUUAUGGCAGUUAUCGCUAUCCCUAUCAUCCCUCUAUCCUUCUCUAUCUACCUUUCGAACCUGGGAAUAUAUUGGAACUCCUGGCGCACGCUGCUCCUCGUGUACUCCGCACCUGGUCUCGUGGCUGCGGUGUGGAUGCUGACGAUAAAGGAGAGUCCCAAGUACAUAUACGCUCAAGGAAAGGAACAGGAGGCCAUCGACAUUAUUAAGAGCAUUCACAGGUUGAAUAAGGGAAGAUCCGCAGGAGAAUUACAAAUCUCAGGUCUGAUAUAUGACUCCCAGCAGUCGUCAGGUCCGUCCUCACCAAAGGAACAGAUCGUGCCGCUGUUCAAAAUGCCAUUGCUCAAGUAUACCAUCAUAAUGACAAUACUCUUCGUAUUCCAACAAGUGGGCGCAUUCGCGGUAUGGCUGCCGUCGAUUGCCAACCAAUUCGUGCAGAUCGUACAAACUGGUGAGGGCACUGACCAAAGUCUCUGCUCUAUACUUAGCAACAGUAUAGAUGCCCCUGCUGAUCCAGACGCAGUGCCGUGCUCUCUCAAUGUUAUCUCCCUCCUGCUAGUGCUACUGGUUGGCGGUCUGCAGUCUGUGGCUAACGGACUCCUCAGCUUGAUAGUGAACCGCGUGGGUCGUCGCAAUAUGGCGAUGGUGGUGGCGGUAGUUUGCGGGCUGGGAGGCAUCGUCACCAACCUCAUCCCCAACGCCUACGCCAGCGCCGCCUUCUUCAUACUCUUCAUGCUGGGGAUCCUCAUCCUAGGACUGUACACUGCCAUCGCUGUCGCACUCUUCCCCACCAGUCUUAGGGCUCUCGCAGUAGCGCUGACGAUGACGGGCGGAAGACUUGGGACCUUCGCCUCCGUGCAGAUCCUCAACCUGCUGCUGGAGGUCAACUGCGAGGCAGGAUUUUAUCUCUUCUGCUCGAUAUUCGCCUCUUCAGCGAUCGUAGCAGCAUUCCUACCCAAUGACAAGAAUUUACAAACAACACAGACGAAGAAAGAAGACACCUCAUAGAUUUUAAGUAAAAUUAGGCAUGAUUUGUAAAUAAAUGUUAUGUAA